AGCACGCAAAAGAUCGCAUCGGCCAUCAAAUCGAACGGUGCUCUCGUCGCGAGCAGACGUCAAAAAGUAAUCGCGAGUCGUCGUCGACACAAGCAGAAAUUGGCCACGGGAACUUUUCUCGGAGUUUUUUUUUCGCUGUCCCCGUCCCGUGCAGAGUGUUCCGAUCAGAGGUUGUGGUACCGUCGCGGGUGAUUGUCCGUUUGCGGUGGAUUGGAAUUGGACGGCGGAAGUGGUGAUUCUCGCUCGGAUCUCGGGACGUGACGAUGGAAGAAGUGUGCUAGAAAGCAGGGUCAAUAAUUUUUCUGUGGCUGCUUGCUGGCCCCUGCUGCUGCUGAAGAGCCAGUGCGAGCGUGUGGAAGAAAGGAAGGAAGCGACUAAUAAGAGGAGGAAAAAAGAGUUGCUGCUGACGGUGUGUGUGAUUGUGGGUGUAUGUGUGUGUGCUUUCGUGCACAUACGUUUUUGAUUAAUCAAAACCAAUAAUAUUUGUGUGAAAUUCCUGGCCAUCCGAGAGGGCAAAAAAGUGAGCCCCAAAACGGUGAUUUUAAUCCAGUGGGACACGGGCCAGAUUAGAUAAGCCUGGUCCAAGAGGGUGGUCUGAGUGAGUCAGCCAGGAGUGAUUGGCAAAAUCCCCCUGAACGAAGAGAGGGAAGGUGUCGCAGAUUUUUGCCUUAUUCCGCGGAGCUGGAGUCAAACGAAGAUAAAAUUCUGCACCAGCAGCAGCCACUUCCGGAGUCAACGGUGGAGAACAGUGGCGCAGAAGUAGCAGGAGCAGCAGCAGCGGGCGGAGGUGGAAGUGCCAGCAAUAGGAGGGAAGGCCGCAAGAAGAAACCAGGUGCCUCCUGAAAAAUGCCUCCACCGCCACCGCCGCCGGGGCCACCUCCGCCACCGGGUCCACCGCCCCCGCCGGCGAUGAAACUUGGUGGCGGACAAUCCUCGGCCGAUGGACGGAACGCGCUGCUGCAGUCGAUCCAGAAAGGUACCAAGCUGAAAAAGACGGUCACGGUGGACAAAAGUGGACCCCUGAUUCAGGGCAAGGUCAGCGGAGGAGGAGCAGCUGGGGCAGCUGGAGCAGGAACGGUUGGUAAUAGUAAUAGUAUUAGUAGGAAACCGGCGUCCGCGGCGUCGCUGGGCACAAGUGAUAGCAACGGAGGUCAAAAGUUAGGAGGAAUAUUCGAAGGUCUUUCGUCGAUGCCGAAGCUGAAACCGGUUGGCAGUCGAGGAGCAACAGCACAAUCAGCAACUAUCAGCAAUAAGUCACCAUCGCCGGAGAACACGAUCAAAAGCAACAACCGGAUAGGCGCCGGCGGCAAUGGCACUGGCGGAGGGGGUAACGGUGGAGGGGCCGUUGACUUUGCUGACGAACUGGCGGCCAAAUUGACGCUCAAGAAGCAAAAGAACAUUAGCAAUAGUAGUACCAACAAUAACAACAAUAACAACAACAACAAUGCCAUCGUAAACAGUAACAACAGUAUCAACAACCAGGUACCGGUGACGGAGAGCAAUCUACGGACGAACCGAGGACCCCCACCGCAACCCCCGGUCCAGCUGUUGAAGAACGCCAAUGAUUCAUCGAGCUACAACACGCUGGGGAAGUCGAGCUAUUCCAGUCAAAAGAGUCAGGCACCAUCGACCCCGCCAAGCUCGUCGCCCUCGAAUGGGCCCACCUCAGCAGUCACUAGUCCCAUCGGAAGCCUCAGUGUGCUACCGAACAAAUCGACCCUGUUUGGCGGCAGCAGUUCGCCAGCACCCUCAGUGCCUCAGACGCAACCGAGCCCCAAGCCGGUGCCGAACCAUGGAAAACCAAAUCUGGCCCCGAAGCCGCCGGGGAUGCAGCUCAACACGAGCGUGGCCAACAACAGCAACAACAAUGGUCGUGUGGCCCGACAUCACAGCAUGCGGAGUCCCAGGUCACCACCAGUGGCACCGAGUGGUCCCAACUAUCCAAAUCAUUUCGGAACUCUGCGAGGUCCACCAUCGAGCUUUACAUCUUCGGAGUCGUUAGCUAGGCAAAACAAUCCUAUAGGACGACCUGCGGCGCCGCCUCCGAAGCCACCCGCCAUGAAACCACCACCCCCGCCUCCGAUACGCAGCGUUUCCAACACCAACCUGUCGCAUUUACCCAUGAGUUUGGCACCGGAGCCGACGGAACCGAACUUCGGUUCCGCGAACAACGUGGCCAGUGCCGUCGCCGACGAGCUCAAGUCCAAGCUAGUCAACAGCGGUUCGGCGAACAAUGUCGCAACGCUCACCAGCACCACAUCUUCCAAUUCGAUCGUAUCGAACAGCCAGCUCAGCAUCGCUAGCACCAAAACCAUCAGCAGUGGCAGUAUUAAAUCGACGGCGCCUCCGCUCCCGCCGCAUCGGACGUGUCCGGCACCACCACCACCGCAACUCAACACCAGCAGUAGUAGUGCGACCAGCAUUGGCGAAGCACCGCCGCAGCCUCCUCAGCGAAUUUCCUCCAUCCGGCAGCAGCAACUAUUGUCCCAACAGCAGCCGCAGUCUCUCUCCAACGCCAACAGCCCCAGCAGUAUCAUUAGCGAUAGUCAGCAAAGCUCAAACCUGAAACGAAAGGAAACGACCCUAGCUGCGAGUGGAGCCGCGCCCGAACGACGGAAGAUGCCACCGCCCCUGAGGGAGAUCGACCUGGAGGCCAACUACUCGUUCUACUUCCGCAAGGUGACCGAGUUUCCCGCCCCGCCACCGUUUCUCAAUGUGUCCAAAGUCUAUCCGAGCGAGGUACGACAAAAUCAACAACAGCAGCCGCACCCACACUAGAAUUAUUAAUCGCCACCGGGUGUGGAUCACCUAGGGUGGCCGCUGCACGUGGGGAUGGAAUUCUUGCGAGUACGGUGGACACGGUGGAUCCCGCAAGUUAAGGGAUUGCUGCUCAGUACAGUCCCCCCCAUCUAGUACUGUAGAGUGCGGUUCAAAGCUACAAAUCGUGCAAAUCACACAAUUACACCAGCAGCGCCCGAUGUGCAUCCCGUGGUAUUUUAGUCAAUUGGUUGUUGUUGUUGGUUGUUGAUGGACGUUAUUGUUGAAACAGGAGCCAAACAGUAUACAGUAAUGCAAUAGAAAAGUGUAACAAUCUAUUUAAACAACAGAAUGCUACGAAAUCAUAUCAAAGUCUAUACGUUAAAAAAAAUAGAACAGAAUUACAUAGCCGGCCCCCAUCAAAAGCAGAGAAACAAUCAUUGGAUCAUUAGGAAAUUUUCGUUUUCACAAAUACGCACCCAGACAACCGAAAAGCUACACCACACAGCAUAUUUACAGUAGAGCACCAACCUACUUAGAAGCAAUCAAAAUUGUACAUAUGUAAUUCUUUGAUUAGGGACUCGUUCGUUCGCAGGUUACCUUUAUAGAGCGCUCCAAAUUCUUUCUUCGUAAGAAAGCAACAUAAAAAACAUACACAUCCAGAGGGAAAUACAAACACAACCACAAAUUCAGUAUAGAGAAACGUAUAUAAAGUUGCUGUUUCAUCGUUGCAUGGUAUCUUACUGGAACAGUACGACACACAAAGAUAAUAAUAAAACCAUUUAAAGCUAAACGCAAAAAAAAAAACUGUAAUUAACAAACAAACGAAUAUGAAUGCAAAAAUAACCAACUUGGGUGAGAACCCGCAAGUAUGAACGAACACACACCGUUACGAUUGAAGAAAUAAUCAUUCUUUAUUAAUUUUAUUGUUAUUUUUUGUACAUAUUAUACAUAUUUAAUCCUUCUUACUAUUAA